UUGUUUGAAAACCAGAUAUAGCCAUCUUUUUUGACAACAAGCCGCGUGAACGUGCGGCGUACAUGCGGAAUGACGCAGGACGUAAGCGAAAGCGUGCGCGCCGCUCGGGGAUGGAGAGCUGCACGCGUGCUGCGUGUGUCAUAAUGGUGGAUAGGUAGAGAACGCACUGUAGCUCCGUCUGCGAAGCUCAUCAACGGUUGCCCUUUUCUCCGCUCUUGUCGUGGACUCUUUGGCCUCGGACGUGACAGCUGUUCGCCCUCGCUGCGACGCCCUGGACCGCCACAGAAUGCCGAACAUUAAAAUAUUUAGCGGGAGCUCACAUCCGGACCUGUCUCAGAAAAUAGCAGAUCGCCUGGGUCUGGAACUGGGGAAGGUUGUGACCAAGAAAUUCAGUAACCAGGAGACGUGUGUGGAGAUAGGAGAAAGUGUCCGAGGAGAAGAUGUCUACAUAGUGCAGAGUGGCUGUGGAGAAAUUAACGACAAUCUAAUGGAGCUGUUAAUAAUGAUCAACGCCUGCAAGAUCGCCUCGGCCUCCAGAGUCACUGCUGUCAUCCCCUGCUUCCCGUACGCACGGCAGGACAAGAAGGACAAGGUGGGGAGCCGUGCCCCCAUCUCGGCCAAGUUGGUGGCCAACAUGUUGUCGGUGUCGGGUGCUGACCACAUCAUCACCAUGGAUUUACAUGCAUCCCAGAUACAGGGAUUUUUUGAUAUUCCUGUAGAUAACCUGUAUGCAGAGCCAGCCGUGCUGAAGUGGAUCAAAGAGAACAUCCCUGAGUGGAAGAACUGUACCAUUGUCUCACCUGACGCAGGAGGAGCCAAGAGGGUCACCUCAAUAGCUGACCGGCUGAAUGUCGACUUUGCUCUUAUUCACAAGGAGAGGAAAAAGGCCAACGAGGUAGACCGCAUGGUUCUGGUCGGAGAUGUGAAAGAUCGCGUCGCCAUUCUGGUGGACGACAUGGCCGACACGUGUGGUACCGUCUGCCAUGCCGCUGACAAACUCAUUUCUGCAGGUGCCACUAAGGUGUAUGCCAUCCUGACACAUGGCAUCUUCUCUGGCCCAGCUAUCUCACGCAUCAACAACGCCUGCUUUGAAGCAGUGGUGGUCACCAAUACCAUCCCUCAGGAGGAGAAGAUGAAACACUGUCCUAAAAUACAGGUGAUUGACAUCUCCAUGAUCCUCGCAGAGGCCAUCCGUAGAACUCACAACGGCGAGUCCGUCUCGUACCUGUUCAGCCACGUGCCCUUGUAACAAAUGGAGUUUGCCAUCAACCCGUGUGCUGUUACACCAAAUAAAAAGGGAGUCCCCCCCCACCCCACCCUCUCCCCCUUCAAACACACAAACCCAACCCAACCUUUAGAUGAGUUGUCUAUUUAACUAAUCAUGAAGAAAAGAGUCAACUUAGAUGUCUGUUACUAACGCUGAUCUCACUGACUCCAGUUCCUUGAGCAGUGUUGCCGUCGUGUCUGGGGCAUUACUGAAAUACCAGGCGACAAUAUUUAUUGUACAUGGUUAAAUAAGAGUUAUUUUGUUUGUUUUCUCAUAACCUAUAGAGUUCCUUCUUGGUCAGUUCAGCUCUGCAUAAUCCUUUUCAGUUAAAUAGCUUUUAAUCAUAUCACAGUGGUCAAGAGAAUGAUCUGGCAAAUGAGGCUGUUACAGUGCUUCUAUUUUUGUGUUACUAUGAUCAAGUAAAGAUUUUCUUUCUUUUUUUUUUUAACGUUAAGUGUUUCCUCAUGUUGAAAGAUUGUACUGUAAUGAAUGUAUAUGGAUCUAGUUUACAUUGCCCCUAAAGCUCAGCUCAACCAAGAGCGCUCCCAACAGUCUGAAAUGGAAAUCACAUUUUCAACCUCCCAGUCUGUUACCAUGUCUGUUGACUGUACAAGAUGUGUUGGGAUGUUUCGUCUUGCUGUUGAGGUGCCUUUAUUGAGUGGGAAUUCUCCAGUGUCCAGAGUUUAUCCUUUAAGGUACUUUCUAUUGGGAACGUGUCAUGUUUUUAGCUUAAAGUCUGUGCAGGCUGGAGCUUCCUUCAGAGGUCAUCAGCUGCAUUUCUUCUUGGUUUUUUGUUGUUGUUUGUUUGUUUGUUUGUUUUUGCUUUGGUUUUUUUUGUCGGGAUUUGUGGUUAAUGUGCAUAUUCAAACCCUUUGUCUUUCUUUUUGCGGUAGGAUAAAUGCGCCAGUUAUUCAGGCUGUUCUUAAUAAAAGAUAUGCAUAAAAUCUUAAA